AUGAAAGUGCAGAAAUGUGAUGGUGCGCAAGGAGUGAGCCACACCGUGCAAACACAACUGCUAGACGAAAUUAGCAACGUCACGCACGCUGCAACUAAAACAAGAUACGUGAUAAAGUUGCAUAGGCCAACCGAGGCAAUUAUUUUGAAAGUCACGGAUAAUAAAAACAGCAUAAUGUAUCGAUUAAGCAAAAAUGACAACUUAAAGAGGAUAGAAGAAUUAAAUUCCCUUUUUCUGAUGUGGAGUUCCAGCGAAAACGCUAACGAGGCCUUCCCGCUCAAGCUUAGCAGAAGUGCCGAUAAAACUACCAGUGACCCCAAGGCAAAAAAGGGCACUUAG